AUGAUUAUCACACGUCUCAUUUCCCUGACGAACUUCGCCGUCGCCUCUUCCGCACUUGGCUUCCAAGUCUUCGUCCUCUACCCAUGGCACAACCAGCUGGACCAAUCGUUCGAGGAACUUAAGAAGGAGCAUCUCAGGGUUCUGGAGGCGGUCAGGGAGGUCGCGAAGGAGGUGGAUCCGAACUCGAGGCAAGGCAUGGCCGACUCAAUACUCGGACGUCUGGGGAUCAGCGCGUUCAGCGUAAGAAGUCUGUUCUCCCAUAAACCAGCGCCCCAAGCCAUUUCCAGUGUGUUCGACAGCAGUAAUCCUGUAAAAUAUGUCACAAGCAACCUCGCCAAUCUCUCUCCCGUGGCGGCCAGACCGGAUAUGAACAUGACGGAAAUUGCGCGAUACGCCGUCUCAGGAGCCAUCUGCUGUUCCUUUACUCAUGCCCUAUUAACCCCAGUUGACGUCGUCAAAACCCGUGUCCAACUCGAGCCGGCCGUAUAUAACCGAGGUCUAGCAGGUGGUAUGCGCCAGAUCAUCGCAAAUGAUAGCGCCAAAGCGCUCCUGACCGGAUUCGGACCAACCGUGACGGGAUACUUCCUGCAAGGAGCCUUCAAAUUCGGCGGCUACGAAUUCUUCAAAAGACGAACGAACGAUUGGUUAGGACCGGAAAAGGCGGCUGAUCAUCGUAAUGCCGUAUACCUUGCUUCGUCUGCCGCGGCCGAAUUCCUAGGAGAUAUCCUGCUUUGCCCAUUCGAAGCUGCCCGUAUCAGGCUUGUAUCACAGCCGUCGUUUGCUCCCAACAUGCUCUCUGCACUGGGCAGAAUGGCCAGUUAUGAGGGGAUGGCCGGGCUUUACUCCGGCUUUACGCCGAUUGUACUGAAACAAGUUCCGUACACGAUGGCAACCUUCGUAGUGUACGAGAAAGCCAUCGAAACGGCAUACUCGUGGAUUAACAAGGAGAAAGCAUCAAACAUGGUGCUUUCGGGAGUAAACCUCGGUUGUGGACUAAUCGCUGGUAUGGCAGCUGCAAUUGUUUCUCAACCCGCAGAUACAGUGUUGAGCAAAAUCAACAAGGAGAAGGGACUCCCGGGUGAGGGAACAGGUCGACGAAUCUUCAACAUAAUCGGCCAGCUUGGUCUGCGGGGAAGCUACGCCGGCAUUGGUCCACGAUUGGUCAUGGUUGGAGGCAUGACCGCAGUCCAGUUUGGAAUUUAUGGACACAUCCAAAGAGCUCUUGGCGCAACCAGUAGUGCCGUCGAGGUGAAGAAAGAAGUUGUCAAGGUUGUAGAGGUCGGGAACCUCCUACAAACCGCCGAAAUGUGAUAAUCUAAUUCAUAAUAAGCUCAAGGGCUAACUCUUCAUAUCCAUUAUACCCACCUUUAUAUGUUUCAUUUGUACGAGAAAGAGAAGUUAGAGAAGAUGCUAUUAUCCGCUCACUAUUGUACCGGUGCAAUAGCGAGCGGAUAUCUGAUUCGGUGUCCCGAGCAGACAUAGAAUGUGGGAGAUGUGGGACGAUCGACUAUGAUUCUGGUAGAAACGAUAUUCUUUUGUAUAUAUAGCAUUAUAGAAGCAUAGAGAAGGAUUAGACAAAGGGCAUACAGUUGAGCAUAGAAUUUAAAAUAAAAAUAUUAAGAUUGAAUAUUCUCCUGUUCGUCAUGUAACAUGAAGGAGGAGUAAAGUCGAAAUCCAAGGCAAGAGACGGAGUUAAG